GCGCAGGAGGCUGCUCCUAUUGGACAUAGACGCGGAAGUGAGGAUAGCGCCUCGCUAACGAGGAGCCGUGUCGCAUCGUGUUUGUGUCUCCCGGAGACUUUCUAGCAGACAUGGCUCUGCCGGCUCAGCUCCGAUCCAUCCAGCACUACCUGCGGACCGCACAGGAGCACGAAAAGCGGGACCCGGUGGUGGCUUACUACUGCCGGCUCUACGCCAUGCAGACGGGCAUGAAGCUGGACAGUAAAACACCAGAGUGCCGAAAGUUCCUGGUCAGACUCAUGGACCAGCUGGAGUCGAUGAAGAAGGAGCUCAGUGACAACGAGUCCAUCACCCAGGAGGUGGUCGGUAAUGCCCACAUCGAAAACUACGCCUUAAAGAUGUUCCUCUACGCCGACAAUGAGGACCGAGCCGGACAGUUUCACAAGAACAUGAUCAAGUCCUUUUACACCUCCAGCCUGCUGUUGGACGUCUUGUCCGUGUUCGGAGAGCUGUCGGAGGAGAACAUCCAGCACAGGAAGUACGCCCGCUGGAAGGCCACCUACAUCCACAACUGUCUGAAGAGCGGGGAAACUCCUCAGGCCGGGCCCAUUGGCAUGGACGAGGACGAGGAAGCAGAUGAGUUCGGAGCUGAGGGCUUCUCCGCAGCGGCUCCUUCUCACGGCGGCUCCUUCAGGCAAGAUGCUCCUUUCCAGCCCUAUGACGAUCAGAGCAAGAAUCUGGAUCCAGGUCCGGCCCCCGGUAUCGGCUUCACUCCAGGUCCAGCGUCAGGCCCUUCAGGUCCCCCGACCAGCAACUACAACAACAUCCACAUCCCACCAGGGGCCCAUGCACCAGCCAACACUCCAGCAGAGCUGCCUCCACCCACAGCAGAUGUGGUGAAGCCAGUGCCGACGCCCCGAGCAGCUCCCACGGCUGAGCCCUCAGCGAGCAGCCAGCAGCAGGGCGGCGUCCACCUCUCCCCAGAGGAUUUCACCAAGGCCCAGAAGUACUGCAAGUACGCAGGCAGCGCCCUGCAGUACGAGGAUGUGGGCACGGCCGUCCAGAACCUGCAGAAAGCGCUGAAACUCCUCACCACCGGCAAAGAAUGAAGCCUUUGUUGUCCUCCGGACUGAUCCCUCCAGCCCUCCCUCCCUCCCUCUGUGCCCAGCAGCGCUGCUGUAUCAGGCUCUGAUCUGAUGAUCUGACCCACAUCGAGCCACAUCUCUCUCUCUCUCUCUCUCUCUCUCUCUCUCUCUCUCUCUCUCUCUCUCUCUCUCUCUCUCCCCCCGUCUCUUUCCCCCACACUGAGGCAGUCCUGUUCAGCUCGAUGUCAGAGGACAUGAUGAAAAUCAGUGUCCAACAAUGGCCGCUGUGUCCGACAGUGUUGCUCCGAUCGACUGGAUACUGACUCACUGACUGACGGACGAGCGUCUGACAGGUUUUAAUUAGCCGAACCCAGAAGCAGCAGAUCAAAGCUUCGCCGCUGACGUCCACUCACGGCUUCACACAUUUAUCAGUAUGCUCACAUCUUACAAAAUGUUCCCCAUUAGCUCCAUCAGAGCAGUAAUGGAUUAGAUUAACUUAAAGGAGGAGAGGGGAGAGCAUCGUCCAACAGGUGGAAGCUCAGCUGAUUUAUCACCGACCCGUCAGAAUCACAGGCACAGGUGUGUUGUGUGUUCUGUAGAUUUUUUUGCAUUUAGAAACACAACCUACAGAGCCUUAAUGUGGACCGACCUCAGGACACUCAACUAUCAGGAGCUCGACUCUCAAACUGUAAAACGUCAGAACCUGCUGGAGCAUCGGACCCGGACAUCGACAGUUUGGACCAGUCUCAUUUGUCCCAGAGAAUGAACGUGGAGGAAACGUCCUGCAGUCCAGUUACUGCUGCUGGAUCCUUUAACUUUCUGCUGAAGCCGAUUUGUUUCGGAGACAGUUUCUCUACUUGUUGACUUCUUUUACUGGAGCUUUAGUUGCACCAUAUCUGAUCAAGGCAGUUUGAAUAAAACAUUGGAAUGAC